CCGAGGGAAGAGAGCAGUGGUGAAUGAGGCAUCUCCGAGGCAAGACAUGAUGGCUCAUCAGAUAGCUGAGCUUACGGAGCAAAUGAGGCUAAUGAACGCUAGGACAAUGCAGCCAGCCCAGACCAUGGCAGUGGAUACAUGCGGCGCGUGUGGAGCCCAAGGGCACCGGUCAGAGGUGUGCCCGUCAACAUUCGAUCAGGACCUUGGAGAGCAAUACGCCGAUGUCAACGCUCUCCAAGGAUAUCAGAACCGGCAGCCAAACGACCCCUUCUCCAACACUUACAAUCCUGGGUGGAGAAACCACCCACACUUCUCGUGGUCAAACAACAACAACACUCUCCAGCCACCUCGCCCAAACUUCACCCAGCAGCAAUCCCGUCCAAACUUCAUGCAACAACAACCUCGUCCCAAUUUCAUCCCUCAUCCCAAUUACCAACAACAGCAGCAACCACAACAGCAAGCCCAAGAGUCCGGUUCGAGCUCGUCGAACCAAGAUGACAAGCUAGACAAGAUCCUUCAGUUCAUCACCAACCAGGACUCGUCCAUUAAGCGUCUUGAGACGCAAGUGGGCCAACUUGCCACGAGAGUUGGCAAUAUGGAGGCGGAGUCAGACAAAGGGAAACUUCCGAGCCAGCCUGAGCAAGCCAAGGCAAUAACAGUGUUGAGGAGCGGGAAGGAAGUGGACAACAAAGUGAGGAUGCCCGAGCCUGACAGCCUCAAACCAACCGACCAGCCCAAAGAAACCGAGGAGAGUACGAAGAGCAUAGAAAACGACUCGGGAAAACCAACGGAGAGUCCUUUGCUUCACAAGUCUCCAAAUCCUUACAAACCACGCAUUCCUUUUCCGAUUUAUGAGGCAGCGAGUGCCAUGCAGCAUGAUCUUCCAAAGAAAGAACGGGACCCAGGAGGCUUCGUGAUAAAGAUUGCUCUUGGGAAUGGAAAGGAAGCUUCGGGGAUGCUAGACCUCGGAGCGGGAAUCAACCUAAUGCCGUUUUCUAUCUUCCAGCGGCUUGGUUUAGGAGAUUUGAGACCCACUCGUAUGUGUCUUCAGCUUGCGGACCGUUCGAUUAGAUACCCCAAGGGGGUAGUUGAGGAUGUCCUUGUUCGUGUCGGGAGACUCAUUGUCCCGGUAGACUUUGUCGUAUUAGAUGUGGGGGACAUUCACGAGAACGGCAAGGACCACACUAUCCUUCUCGGCAGGCCAUUUAUGGCCACCACCAACACUCUCAUUGAUGUCAAGAACGGGAUCUUGAACAUGACGGUCCUAGGCGAGUCCGGAUCUAUCUCUGUCCGAGAGGCCACAUCUGGCCCUUCGGCGAACUUUGUGGAGGAGUGUUCGUUCGUUGAUAUGAGUGAUCCUUUUGUCGAGGAGAUGGCCAUACGAGACUUGGAAGAGAGGUCAUUGCCCGAUCUCGAAGAGGAAGAAGGACCGUUUGUUGAGCUAAUGGAG